AUGAGUUUGCUCAGAGUUGCCGUUUUCGCUGCCCUAGCCCUGUGUGCUAGCGCUGAGCCUAAACCAGAUCCGGCAGUGCUUGCCGCGGCUCCAUUUGCCGCCGCCCCGUUGGCCUACUCGGCACCCCUGGUGCAGUCUCCCUUCGUUGCCCGGUCUUUCGCGGCCCCGCUAGCGUACUCUGCUCCGUAUGUGGCCGCUCGUGCUGCUUACACGGCACCGGUCGCUUACAGUUCCCCGUUGGCCGCUGCCUACACCGCUCCGGUGGCCGCUGCCUACUCCGCUCCGGUGGCCGCAGCCUACACGGCUCCGGUGGCCGCUGCCUAUACGGCUCCGGUAGUGGCGGCAGCUCCUGCUCCGACCGUUGUGGCCGCCCGUGCCGCCCCGGUCGUCGCCGCUGCUCCAGCUCCGGUUGUAGCUGCCCAUGCUGCACCGGUGGUAGCCGCCGCCCCGGUUCAAGCUGAGUUCACCGAUGCCUACCCGCAGUAUCAGUACGCGUACCAGGUUCAGGACGCCCUCACCGGAGACUCCAAGACCCAGCAGGAGACCCGCGACGGUGACAUCGUGAAGGGCUCGUACUCGCUCAUCGAGCCCGACGGUUCGCGCCGUAUCGUCAACUACUACGCCGAUCCGGUCAACGGAUUCAACGCCGUCGUCCAGAAGGACGUCCCGGUCGCCGUUGCUGCGGCCGCGCCAGCCGUUGCCGUCGCUGCCAAGACCGUCGUUGCUCCGGUAGCCGCCAAGCUGGUGGUCUAA